ACCUGGAAUUUGUCUACCUUGUUUGGGUUACACCCUAAACGCGACCCGGUAAUCUCGCGUGAUUAACCUCCUCUCUGCGCCUGCGCAGAACAUUCUAAAGCCGAAGGUCGUGCUGGGAAGAAGGGUCGGCUUUGGGCUCGGGGGCCGCUACGCCAUUUCAGUCUUCGCCCGUUCGCUUCGGCUAAGUGCCGAAUCGCACACCCUUCCGUCAAGAUGCCACGGAUUAUGAUAAAAGGGGGCGUGUGGAGAAACACAGAGGAUGAAAUUUUGAAAGCAGCUGUUAUGAAAUAUGGGAAGAACCAGUGGUCUCGGAUUGCUUCACUUUUGCAUCGAAAAUCAGCAAAACAGUGCAAGGCCAGAUGGUAUGAGUGGCUGGACCCUAGCAUAAAAAAAACAGAAUGGUCUAGGGAGGAGGAAGAAAAGCUUUUACACCUGGCAAAAUUGAUGCCAACACAGUGGAGAACCAUUGCCCCAAUCAUUGGGAGGACAGCUGCACAGUGCUUGGAGCACUAUGAAUUUCUUCUAGAUAAAGCUGCCCAAAGAGACAAUGAAGAAGAAACGGCAGAUGAUCCACGAAAACUUAAACCUGGAGAGAUUGAUCCAAAUCCAGAAACAAAGCCAGCCAGACCUGAUCCAAUUGAUAUGGAUGAAGAUGAGCUGGAAAUGCUCUCGGAAGCUAGAGCCCGUCUGGCAAACACCCAGGGAAAGAAAGCCAAGAGGAAAGCAAGAGAGAAACAAUUGGAAGAAGCCAGGCGCCUUGCUGCUCUCCAAAAGAGAAGAGAACUUCGAGCAGCUGGCAUAGAAAUUCAAAAGAAAAGAAAAAAGAAGAGAGGAGUAGAUUAUAAUGCAGAAAUUCCAUUUGAAAAAAAGCCUGCUCCAGGUUUUUAUGACACAUCUGAAGAAAAUUAUCAGGCACUUGAUGCUGACUUUAGGAAGCUACGACAACAAGAUCUUGAUGGGGAGUUAAGAUCUGAAAAGGAAAGUAGAGAUAGGAAGAAGGACAAACAACAUUUGAAAAGAAAAAAAGAGUCUGAUUUGCCAUCUGCUAUUCUUCAAACCAGUGGAGUAUCAGAAUUUACUAAGAAGAGAAGCAAAUUAGUACUUCCUGCACCUCAGAUUUCGGAUGCAGAACUUCAGGAAGUUGUAAAAGUUGGCCAAGCAAGUGAAAUUGCACGUCAAACAGCAGAGGAAUCUGGUAUAAUGAAUUCUGCUUCCAGUACUCUUUUGUCUGAGUAUAAUGUCACCAACAAUAGUAUUGCUCUGAGGACACCCAAAACUCCAGCUGCCCAAGAUCGAAUCCUGCAGGAAGCACAGAACUUGAUGGCUCUUACCAAUGUGGACACCCCACUGAAAGGUGGUCUUAAUACACCAUUGCAUGAGAGUGACUUCUCUGGUGUGACUCCUCAACGACAGAUCAUUCAGACGCCAAACACAGUUCUGUCUACCCCAUUCAGGACUCCUUCUCAUGGAGCCGAAGGGUUGACUCCUCGAGGUGGAAUGACUCCUAAACCAGUUGUUGGCACUACCCCAGGCAGAACUCCUCUAAGGGACAAACUAAACAUAAAUCCUGAAGAGGGAUUGGCAGAUUACAGUGACCCCUCAUAUGUGAAACAGAUGGAGAGAGAAUCUCGUGAGCAUCUUCGUUUAGGGUUGAUGGGCCUCCCUGCUCCCAAGAACGACUUUGAGAUUGUUUUACCAGAAAAUGCUGAGAAGGAGCUAGAAGACCGUGAGAUCGAUGAAACUUAUAUAGAAGAUGCUGCUGAUGUAGAUGCUCGAAAGCAGGCUAUCCGAGAUGCAGAACGUGUAAAGGAAUUAAAACGAAUGCACAAGGCUGUUCAGAAGGAUCUGCCAAGACCUUCAGAAGUAAAUGAAACUAUCCUAAGACCCUUAAAUGUAGAACCACCACUAACAGACCUACAGAAAAGUGAAGAACUAAUUAAAAAAGAGAUGAUCACAAUGCUUCAUUAUGAUCUUCUACAUCAUCCUUAUGGAGAACAAGCUGGAAAUAAAAAAGGGAAAACUCUAGGAUUUGGAAGUAAUAGUACUGAGCACAUAACUUACCUAGAACACAACCCCUAUGAGAAAUUCUCCAAAGAGGAACUGAAGAAGGCUCAAGACCUUUUGACACAGGAGAUGGAAGUAGUAAAACAAGGAAUGAGCCAUGGUGAGCUGUCAAAUGAAGCUUAUAACCAGGUGUGGGAAGAAUGUUACAGUCAAGUUUUAUAUCUACCUGGACAGAGCCGUUACACACGAGCCAACUUGGCGAGCAAAAAGGACAGGAUUGAAUCACUUGAAAAGAGACUCGAGAUAAAUAGGGGUCACAUGACCACAGAAGCCAAGAGAGCUGCAAAAAUGGAAAAGAAGAUGAAAAUUUUGCUUGGUGGCUACCAGUCUCGAGCGAUGGGACUAAUGAAACAGUUGAAUGAUUUAUGGGACCAGAUCGAGCAAGCUCACUUGGAGCUCCGGACUUUUGAGGAGCUAAAGAAACAUGAGGACUCAGCAAUUCCAAGGAGGCUGGAGUGUCUAAAAGAAGAUGUCCAGAGACAGCAAGAAAGAGAAAAGGAACUGCAGCAAAGAUAUGCAGAUUUGCUGCUGGAGAAAGAGACUUUAAAGUCAAAAUACUGAAACAUCUUUUGCAUUUUGUUAUGGAAAGAAUUAAUUGCUGGUUUCCAUCCUCUGGAAGAUUGAAGCUGAUGUUUAUGUUCAUCAAAACAUUUGCCUGUUAUCUGUGACUUUUCUUUUGUUGUUUGUUUUGAAUGAAUUACAUCAUCUGGAUUCUUUGGCCCCACAAGAAUUUUUAGAGGUUAAUUUAUGAAGAGAAUCAGCAUUCUUUUAGUAAUGUCAUGUUCACUAAUUUUUUUUUAGUUUUGACCUUUAAAAAUCAUAUUUUUUAUUUUUAAAGUGUUCUUAAAUGUGUUGCCUGUGGGUACAUUCUUGAAUAAAAAUUAACUGUAAAA